AUGGUGCAUGGGUGGAACCAGAUCUGUCACCUCAACAGAUCCCCUCCCCAGAACCAGAUCUGUCAACUCCACACGGAUCCCCUCCCCAGACCAGACUGUCAACUCAACAGAUCCCCUCCCAGGACCAGAACUGUGAACUCCAACAGAUCCCUCCCCAACCAGAACUGUCAACUCCAGACCAAUCACCUCCCCAGGAACCAGAUUUCUGUCACCUCCAGACCAUCACCUUCCCCAGAACCAGAUCUGUCAACUCCAGACCAUCACCUCCCCAGAACCAGAUCUGUCACCUCCAAGACCAUCACCUCCCCAGAUACCGAUCUGUUCAACUCCAGACCAAUCACCUCCCAGAACCAAUCUGUCAACUCAGACCAUCACCUCCCCAGAACCAGAUCUGUCAACUCCAACAGAUCCCCUCCCCAGAACCAGAACUGUCAACUCCAGACCAUCACCUCCCCAGAACCAGAUCUGUCACCUCCAGACCAUCACUCCCAGAACCGAAUCUGUCAACUCCAAGACCAUCACCUCCCAGAACCAGAUCUUCACUCCAGACCAUCACCUCCCAGACCAGAUCUGUCAACUCCAGACCAUCACCUCCCAGAACCAGAUCUGUCAACUCCAGACAUCACCUCCCCAACCAGAUCUGCAACUCCAGACAUCACCUCCCAGAACCAGAUCUGUCAACUCCAACAGAUACCUCCCCAGAACCAGAUCUUCUCCCCAGGAGCCGAACAAUUCCAACAGAUCCCUCCCCAGGACCAGAACUGUCAACUCCAGACCCCUCCCCCAUACCAGACUCUCCAACCCAUCACCUCCCAGAUCAAUCUGUCUGUCACCUCCAGGACCAGUGCCCCUCCCCCGUACCAGAUCUGUCAACUCCAACAGAUCACUCGCCCAGGACGCAUAAACUGUCAACUCCAACAGAUCACUCCCCAGGACCAGAACUGUCAACUCCAACAAUCCCCUCCCCAGAACCAGAACUGUCAACUCCAACAGAUCCCUCCACAGAACCAGAACUGUCAACUCCAGACCAUAACCUCCCCAGAACCAGAUCUGUCAACUCCAGACCAUCACCUCCCUCGUAUCAGAUCUGUCAACUCCAACAGAUCCCCCCGUACCAGAUCUGUCAACUCCAGACCAUCAACUCCCCAGAACCAAUCUGUCACUCAGACCUUCCCUCCCUGUACCAGAUCUGUCAACUCCAACAGAUCCCCUCCCCAGCCUUCUCACUAUGCAGUAACAUAUAUGCAUUGCAGCCAGCGGCAUCAUGCUGCAGAUAUACACGCAGGCGUAUACGUAUCAAUAACAACAGACACAAACACACUCCUCAUGGCUCUCAAGCUUAGGGUUCCUGGGGCCUCUGUCUCUACGUUCCUAAUUCUCUGA